AAAAAACAUUGGGAAUGGCAAAAUUGAGGAGGUUCACUCUUUUUUUCAUUAACGAUUGACGCAAGGGGCAAAAUUGUUCGAAUAUGAAAGAAAGUGUGUGCGCCGAUUAUUAUGGGGUGCGCGGAGAACAAGCGUUUGGAUGGAAUAGGAACCAGGAACACGAGAAUUAAGAAAAGAUUAAACAAAAACAAUUACGCAGUGGAUGGACACAGAUGGAAGAAGCAAAGAAGCAGAAGAAAAAGAUGCAUCGAUCAGAUCCUGCCUCCGUCUCAAUCCCGCAGCGGAAAGAUGACCAACUGAAUUUUAUGCUAUGCUUGCUGAGGGUAUUGUCGUCCACUCGAUCCCAAUUACUUCUGGUUAGGGUUUAAAAACUUUAAAUUCCUCAGUCCAAACCCAAAGGGUGGAAUUCCUAUUUGUAUUCAAAGUCUGUUUUAAUCGUAUUUUAAACCUAAGCUGCGGUCUCGCCUUCUCCACGGGAUAAUCAUUCUGAUCGAUCUGCUAUUAUUCAUUCCUGCAAUGUCUGGUUGCCGGGAAACCGUAAUAAGCGACCUGCCUGAUGAGUUAGCAGAGAGAAUAUUCAAAAGCAUCUCAAUUCGAGACGCCGCCAGAUGUGCUCUGCUCUCAACUGAUUGGAGGGAUUCUUGGUACCGCCAUGGUCGGCUCGUCUUUGAUUGGGACUUCUUCAGAGAUUACAAGCCUUCUCCAGAAACAACGAGCCUAAUAGGCAACAUUCUCAUUCACCGGGCUGGACCUAUUAAGAAAUUCAAGUUGCAGAUAUUUUGGUCAUCUGGAUCUGAUCCUGUGAUCAAGCAGUCUGAUUUAGACCGGUGGUGUCUUCAUCUGUCCCAAAACGGCAUUGAGAAACUUCACCUCUCUGGUCCUUAUGGCGGACCAAAAUAUAAGCUACCAUCCUGUCUCUUCUAUUGCAAGACCAUCAAGCAACUGUAUCUUGAGGAUUUCAGUUUUUCGUUGCCGGUUAAUGCUCCGUGUAUAUUCCCCGAAUUGAAGUCAUCAAAGUUUACAAUGGUCAGGUUCACGCGUGACGAGGAGGGAGAGGGACUGGUCUGUAGCAUGCCGAAACUUGAGAAGCUGGUUUUGUCCAUGUGUUCUGGUACUCCUGAUUAUGCUAUCACCACACCAGAACUUCAAAGAUUGACCAUAUUUCAAUGUUCAAGUAUGGCUGGAAGAAGAUGGCUGAUGCUUCAUUUGAGCUCUAUUAAGACCCUCCAUCUCCAUUUGACUUCGAGUAUGGAUGUUGCGGUGGACUCCCCAACAUUCCCAACUGCGAUAAAUCUGCAAGAAAUUACACUUCAUAGCUUCGAUUUUGGUUGUGACUACCUUCUUAAGUAUGUUGUCGAAUUGCUUAAAAAAUCCCCCAAUCUACGCGUGCUGGAGAUUAAUAUUGCGAAAAGAUCUAAGGAAACUAAUCCAGCACUUUUGGAGGAGAUUAUUGAAGUUGAUUUCAGGAUGCUUGAGACAGUGAAGUUCAAUUGGUUUCAAGGAUCCAAAAUGGAAUUGUGCCUUGUGAAAUUACUACUCUCAAACUCGCCUGCACUCCACCAUGUUGUUAUUCAUGAAGGUGUAGAUAUCGAUGACUCUUUGACUCCUUGGACCCCAAAGAAAAUUUUGAGCUUUCCUUGUGCGUCUCCCAAAGCACAAAUUGUAUACAAAUCAGGGAUCAAAUAUCCUUAAAAAAAGAGUUCAAAUCCCGACUAGUGGUAUCAUACUCCAUAAUAUGUUAUGUACUUAUGGGAAUAUUCUAGCUAGUUUAUUUGGUUAGUCUGGUGCAUAUGACUAUGUGUGUGUGUAUUUUUUUAUCCCCAGAAUUCACCAAAGUGGUGGGGUAAAUGUUGGGGAACAUUUCCCUAUUUUAUAUGUGUGUAUAUAUAUGCAUCAGUCCAUGCAUGAUAAUGCAUGUAGAUGGUAAUUGAUGGUACUUAUUUGGUAUUUUUUAGCCGCAUUCCUGACAUUAGUUGUGAGUUGUGAUGUCUACUAUGCAUGAGUUUAUCGUUCACCUCAAAUUCACGUCUCUCAAAUAAAGACCCG